ACGCUACUGUAAAGUAGAUUGUGACGAGAAAUGUCAAGCUUUCAAGAAGCCAUAAUGCAGAGCUUUAGCAAUGAUAACAAGAAGCAACAACAAGAAACUGUUCAAGAAAAGCUUCAACAAUUUAAGGUCGAAAAACAAAAGAAAAGACAGAGAGCGUUGGAAACCUGGAAAUGGAAUGAGGUUGUUGAUCUUUUAAGUUCUGAAGAUCAAGAGUUGGAUGUUAAAGCUGUGGAAACAACUGAUACAGCAGAUUCAACAGCAUUAACAACAUCAACCCGACCAACCAAGAGGCCCCGUGUCACAAUUCAUAAACGAAACAGAUUUCAUCAGCUUCAUGACGAGGAAGAUAGUGAAAAUCAUGUUGUUAUGGGUGAAGAUGAUGUAGUCAUGGACACCUAA